UAAAGAAGAAAUGUCCGACUCUCUGUUAGCUGAAAUUGACUGGGACGAGGGGUUUGCGAUCCCUGUAGCUAAUGCAGAAAACAAGACGCUAGAGGAGGAGGUCAGAAGAAAGCAAAAAGAACAUGUCGACGUCGAGAACAAACUAAAUAAACAUAAGGACAUCAUAAAUGCUCUGUCAGAACAUCUCAAAAACCUAAGACAGGAAUUUUCUCAUACUCUGGCUCUGUGCAAAGCCAGAGAGAAAGAGACCGAAUCAGAGGAGCAUUUCAGAACGCUGGCAGAGAGGGAGGAGGGUCGAUUGAACCAGGAGAUCAAGGCGCUCGACAAUGAACUGAAGACACUGAAUGAGAAGAAAAACUCCCAAGAGAACAACAUCUUUAAAGCCACCCAGAACCUUGAUGAAUUAAAAAAUCAACUGAACUGGGAUCAGCAGACUUUGGAUGCCUGGUUGCAGGAAUCAGCACAAAAGGAUGAAGACACCAUGGCAAUCAUUAAGUAUGCCAAGCAAGAUGAGAGCAAGAUUCGAGAGCUGACACUAAAGAUUGAUAAACUGACUCUUGAAGCCAACCAGAAGAGAAAGACCUUAGACAGUGAACUCACAGAGAGCAUUAUGGCACAGGUUGCUUUGGACAAGACACUAGAGAGCUUUCGUCAAGCCAACAUUGAAAGACAAGAGAUGCUCAGCCAGCUGGAGAACACAGUGGAACAAAUGAGGAGGAGAGACCAAGAGAUACAGCAGUGUGCAAUGAUGUUGGCGGAUAAGAAGCAAAUGAUAAGGGAGAAGAACGAUCUGAUCAAGGAGAGGAUGGACUUCAUGGAACGUGAGAUAGAAAACAAUAAGGAGCUGGAGAGGAAGAUAGCCACAGCUGAACGGCAGGCAGUUCGACUCAGACAGCAGCUUCAGGAAGAGGAGAGUAACCACAGACGUCUGAAGGAUGAGCUACAAACCCUGAAGGGAGCUUUAGAGAGAACUGCCGGAGAUGUGGAGACCACCAGAUCUGAGUUAACCAGUAUCAAAAAAGAAAUUAAGGACAAGUCAGCCAAAGUUGAAGAGGCAAAGCUGCAUAAUGCUGCGCUGGAGGAGAAACUGCAACUGGUGACGGAGGCGGCGCUGGACGGGGAGGAGCAGGCUGCACAGAUGGAGCAACUGCUUAAAGAUCAGGAGCUCAGAAUCAAGGAAAUUGAUGCUCAGCUGCUCCGGCAAAGAGAGGUCAUGUUCAAGGAGAAUCAGAAACUGCAGGAGCUGCGCAAUAAAGAGAAGAACACCAUAGCUGAGAUCCAUGGCACCCGGGCCGCUCUCUCCAACCAGGACAGCAGACUCCGCAAACUGGACCAGAACUCUCUGAAACAGCAGGGAAUCCUUUUUAACCAGGACUUUCAGAUCCAGAUGCUGGAGAGGAAGAUGUCGCGUUUGCAGGGGCGGGUGAACACUGACGAGAAGGAGGCUUUGGAGAAGAGGGUCUCGGAUCUAACUGAAGCUCUGGCAGAGAAGAAGAAGACAGCCACCAGCCUCACCAAACAGCUAAAGAAACUUCAGGAUGAUAUCCGUUGUGUUAAGAAAGAGACCGAGAAAACCGAAAAUGAAAAGAGAGAUCUGACCUCUAAGAUCCAGGAACUGCAACUCUUCAUUGACACAUCAGAGAAAGAGCAGAAGAAACUCAGGCUCAAAAAACAGGACACCAUGGUGGAGAAAGACCUGCUGAAGAUGGAGGUACAACGUCGGAGAGAUUUGCUGUAUGACCGAGCAGAUGGAGUGUUGAGUCUGGAGAAGAGACGUCUGCAGCUCCAGACAGCCAUGAAGGAGAGAGAAGAGGAGAUCCAUGUGCAUAGAGAGAUGCUCAAUAAACAGAUCAAACUCACGGAGCAGGAGAGACAAAAGCUCAGUGCCGAACUCAGCGAGAGACUGUCCAAAAUCGACAAGAUGAAGAAGAGGUAUGAGAUUCUCACUGUUUCCAUGGCAGCCCCUGAAGGAGAAGAAGAGAAAUCACAGGCGUACUUCAUAAUAAAGGCAGCUCAGGAGAAAGAGGAACUCCAGCAUCAGGGGGAUGAACUGGAUGCUCAAAUCCGCAAGAAGGAGAAGGAGAUUAAAGCUUUGGAGAACACCCUAAAAGUUGUCAAUGAUCGCAAUUCAACUUAUCGCAAAGCCCUGAGCAAAGUGUCAGAGUCCGGUCCAGAGCAUCAGGAGAAACUGAAGUUGGAGGAAGAGAGACGAGCUGCUGAGGAGAAAUACAAGUACAAGAGACGACAAAUCAGAGAAAUAGACGAAGACAUUGAAGGAAUGUCCAGCACACUGGAGGCUCUCCUUCAGGAGGAAAAAGUCCAGAAUGAGACCAAUGAAAAUAUCCAAGAACAAAUCUCCUCUCUCGGAAAAGAUCUUGUCUCUCAGGAGGAGAAAUUGAAUAGAGCUGUUAAACAGCGUGUCAGAUACACCAAAGAAAUUCGGUCAUCUAAAAAGACCAAAGAGAAAACCUUUGAGGAGCGUGACAUAGAGCUACGUCAACUCAAAGAACUAAACAAAACCAUAAAUAAGAUGCUCCUGGAAGCCAUGGAAGAAAAUCCUGAGCUGUCAUCUCUAUUACAGAUGCAUUUUGAGAAGGCUGGUCUGUCGCUGCCCUCUCCUGCGUCCACUCCAUCCAGUCGCUUGAGCUCAAAGAUCAGCUCAGCACGGAGUUCUGCUUCACUUCGCUCCUCAGUUAACAGCAGCCCUAGAAGUCAAUCUGCCACAUCUGCUCCUGUGAAGAUAGUGGAUCUGAGCCUGGGCCUCUCCGUCACAUCACCUCAAGGGUCUCGCCCAUCCAGCAGUGGCAGCAGCAGAAGCAACAAGUGCAAGAGCCCCAAGACAGAUUCAUAACUCGGACCAUCUAAAGAACAGGCUGUCAGUCAGGGCUGUUUACACUGUAAACGACUGCCAAAAAUGGUUCUUGUUCUGAAUGUAACUGAAUGUUGUUAUCUUGAUUUGUUUGUCUUAUUUUUUCAAGGUUCACUUGUAGUUCCUGACAAAGUUGAAGACGGAAACAUUGCAUUAUUUAUUAUUUUUAACUUCCUAGAAGUUCAUUUUAUAAGUUUCAAGGAGUUUUAGACAUUUACUGUAAACACAAGAAUUUGUUGAUGGGUCUCACUGAACCUCUUCCAAGAAUACAUGAAACGAAACAAGACUAAUCUCACUUUGUGAGUUGAAAUUACUGACCAUUUAUUCUGUGUAACUUUCAAUGCUUUAUUUCUCCCCCCCCCCCAUUUCUUCUAAGAGUCUAUUGGGGACUGUAUUCAUUUGCAGCAUUUGAACAAAGAUGCAAUAAACAAUACUUGCAUGAAAUCCUUCGACCCCAUGAGAAUCUGUUUAAAGAAACUAGAGAAAUACUACUAUCUAAGGCUUAUUGUAUUUGGUCUGGCAGUGUUGGGGUGUGUCCAGUCUCGCUAUUCAUGGAAACCUUGGAGUCUGUAACGCCCCCGUACAGCAUAUAAACCUGCAGCGUCACAGAUUGUUUCUACAUGAACAUACACCUUCUUAGCGGAUUGUUUGCAGGACAUCUGAGAAAAUGUUUCACUUUAUCUUGUUUGUUGGAUUUCUCUGUUUAUCUAUGGGCCUGUCAAAGGGUGCAAACAAUACCACUGAGGCGAAUACAACAGUUGAGACGACAACAUAUGGACCAUUAACAACGAACUUGUCAACUCCACUAGCAAACACUACCACCGAAGUGAAUACAACAGCUGAAGUGACAACAUCUUCUGAACCAUUAACAGGCGGUUGGUCAACUCCACCAACACAACCUGGAAAUACAACAACCGAAGUGAAUACAACAGCUGAAGUGACAACAUCUUCUGAACCAUUAACAGGCGGUUGGUCAACUCCACCAACACAACCUGGAAAUACAACAACCGAAGUGAAUACAACAGCUGAAGUGACAACAUCUUCUGAACCAUUAACAGGCGGUUGGUCAACUCCACCAACACAACCUGGAAAUACAACAACCGAAGUGAAUACAACAGCUGAAGUGACAACAUCCAAUCCAUUUGUGGGUUGGCCAAUUCCACCAACAGCACCAACUCCAACAACACCACCAAUACCCAACUCUGGCCCUGGAGUACUUGCUAUGUUAAGAAUAGUGGUCAGAUCUACAGUUGAUCUGUCCAGAGAUUCAUCUGAACUUUCGGUUCUUUUGCAGGAGAUUAAGGAUCUCAUUUCUCUUGCAGCGACUAACAUCACCGUGAAAAGCAUCCAAAAAGUGCCCAUAUUGUAAUGUUCAUAUUUGUUAGUAAGCUAUUUUGACUGUGGUAUUUUUCCAAUUAGUUUCAUUUAGUUUUAUAAGUUUAUCUUAGAACUUUACUUGGGUGAUUUUUGCAUAAGAGGAAUUUGUCAGUAAAAGAUGCUGGAAUGAUUGUAGUUUUAUCAUUCUAAUUUCUGUCUUUCUUGCUUUCAUUGUGCACUUGUUCACCACCCAGAUGUUUUAACUUCCCCUCCAUAAUAAAUAUAUUAGGUUGCCAUU